AGUCGAAACAAAGUGAAGGAUCGACCCAGCAAGUCAUCAAGUAGAGAAUCGACCCAGCAGUCAUCUAAUGGGGGAUGGACCCAGCAAGUCGAUUCAUUAGGAUCACCAGCAAGUCAAUCAAUGGGGGAUGACCCCAAGCAAGUCGAUCAAAUAGGAUCAGACCAGCAAGUCGAUAUCAAUUUCGUGCCAAAAUGCAAAACGGUGUGGUUUAUUAAAAGUGUAAUUUCAAUGUGCGUGUGUGCUACAUUUUCAUUCAACAUUAUUUUGUGUGAACUAGCAUGUCCUUCUGGAGAUCUACGUGGGAUGAAAAUAGCUCGUGCUGAACUUUGUAUCGUUUUGGAAAAGAAGAUAUUAAAAAUUGCUCCCGGCCGACAAAAGGGGCCCGAUGCAGCUGGAAUCGAUCCACGCGCCGACGAUAGCCCUCGCGGAGCUCGGAAACCUAUCACACACAAAACGGUAUUCCCCCUCGCCCAUGGGGAUCCAGGCGAGGCUGGCUGGCCCGCGCCGCCGUCCCUGCAGCGCCCAAGACCUCAUUUCAGG